UUUUGUUAUAAUUAUUGCCUUAUCAGGAAAUUACUCAAGGUCUGGGAUCUUUAUAUCUCUGAAAUGCUCUGGAUGAUACUCCUGGAUCUGAAGACCUUCUUGGUUGAGGGCAUGAUCCUUCAUUCUGUGAUAUUCGAAGGCGCAAAUCUUGUCUACAUCUUCGAGGUCCCUGAGUUCCUGGAGUCUUUCUCUGGAGGUAUACAGUCCGAAAAUAUUUCUGAUGCACUCGAAGUGGUCAAUGACGUUGUUCUUGUGUUCAAAUACUUUCAAUGCUCUUUCCAUUUUAUAAAUUUAUUAUAUUUUUGUAUAUAA